UUCAUAAGGUUGUCCUUCCCCUCCCACGCUUUUGACUAUCUUUGGGGUACUUUCUCCUUCAUCUUCUAAGUAUCAAUCGUCACAUACUCACUCACCAUGUCCAUCAGUCAUAUUCCGGCCGACCAACCACCUUACCCCCUCCAUCCCUCCGUGGUAGACAAGCUCGACCCGGAAUACGUCGACUUCUACAAUACACAUUUGAUUGGCAAGCAACAAGUUCACCUCCAGCCAGUUGAAGCUUCUCGCACGAGCGGCGUUCUAAUUCCUGGUGGAGGACCUCUACUCCCUGUCGGCAAAACAGUCAACUUCCGCAUCGGCCGCCGGGUUUCGGAGGGCCCUGAAAUCCCUCUGCGCGCCUUCAUUCCUGAAGGCCCUAAACCAGCGAACGGAUGGCCACUGAUGUUGUAUUUCCACGGAGGCGGGUGGGUAUUGGGCAACAUCGAUACUGAGAACCCGGUGUGCACCAACCUUUGUAAUAGAGGCCGCUGCGUGGUUGUGACUGUGGACUAUCGUCUCGCUCCCGAGCAUCGCUGGCCCGCUGCCGUUCAUGACUGUUGGGAAGCCCUUCUCUGGCUGCUUGCCGACGGUCCAACACAUCUUCCCAUCGACACUAAAUCCCUCGCGACGGGUGGCUCUUCAGCCGGUGGGAACCUGGCCUGUAUCAUCACUCAGAAGGCCCUUGCUCUCUCGCCGCCCGUGCAUUUCAAGGCCCAGUUGCUGUCCGUGCCUGUGACUGACAACACUGCCUCGGUAUCAACCAACGAUGCCUAUCGCGAGUAUGAACACACGCCGGCUCUACCGGCAGCCAAGAUACUCUGGUACCGCGGGCAUUAUCUACCGAAUCGGAAAGACUGGGUGAAUCCCGAGGCCAGCCCUCUGUUUUACACUGGAGAUUGGUCGGCCCUACCAAGGGCGUUGAUUAUGGUGGGUGAAUUGGAUGUCCUCCGGACGGAGGGGGAGCAGUAUGCUCAUAAGCUGCAGAAGGCGGGUGUGCAGGUGGACUUGCAGAUAAUGAAAGGCAUGCCUCAUCCGUUUUUGGCAAUGGAUGCUGUUCUGAAGGAGGCAAAGAGGUCUAUCACACUGAUGUGCGAUCUGCUGAAGGAGGUUUUCUGGAAUCAAAGCCAGUAA